CUCUUUUUUUCUUUUUCUUCUUUUUUCUCUACUUUUAAAAAUGUAUCAAGAAGACGAAAGUUCAUCUGUUGCUAGUUCUUAUGAAGAAGAAGAUCCAAUGGAAAUCUUUGUUGAUCGAUGUUCUAUCUGCUUUGAUGCGCAGCAUAACUUGUGUAUAGAAAGUUGUCGAGAUCAAUUUUGUCUAGAUUGCUUUGAAAAAUACAUUGUUCAAGUUGUCGAAACAUCAUGGGGCCUAAGUGUGACUAUAAUCAAGUGUCCUGUUUGUAGUGAAAUCAUACCAAAGCAUGAAUGGAGCCGAUAUGUUCCAAAGAGGGUAGUUGACUUGUAUGAAAAGUACAAUAAGCCUUAUAGAAGCUACUCUCGUGCUUGUCCUCAUUGUGAUAUUGAAAUAACCCCUUGUGUACAUCAAGAUACCCAUCAGCCUAUUUAUCAACAAACGAGCUUUAUCUGUGACAUCCUGACCACCAUGAUCUCCUCGUGCCCAAAACAAGACAGACAUAUGAAUGAUAAAGACCAUGCAGUAAUCUAUGACUGGAUUCAGUUAUUUCAACAAGACAUGACCGAGACAAUGUUAGCUAGUGUCUAUAAGCCAAUGAUGAAGGAUUUAUUUAAAUUUGAAAAACAUCAUAUUACACAUUAUAGUUCAAGCAAACAGUAUCAACAUCAUUAUUCAUACCAAAUAUCAUUGCUGUUUUUAAAAAGUGCACUGAGACCAGAAAUUUGGAAACAGUUUCAAUUUGCCCAUAUAUCCUUCUUCCCAAGCAUGAAUUGUUCUGUUUGUCAUUCUUCUAUUUGCUUACAUUGUGGUUAUGAUGCACACGCUUCAUUGACCUGUGAUGAAAAUAUGAGAAAAUUGAUAAAGAAUAACAAAAACUUGCCAAAUGAAGUCAAAAAGACAAUCGUGUGGACAUUACAAAACAGCCGUCAAUGUCCAAACUGCUCGAUAAUGAUCAAUAGAGAUGAAGGUUGUAAUAAAGUAGAUUGCUCUUACUGUGGAUACAGUUUCUGCUGGUGUUGUCGAUCUUCUUGGUCUGAGGGCUGUGGGUUUUAUAGGUGUUCGACAGAUAAAAACUCUAAUCAAUCAAUGACAGGAUACGAUAACAGUGCUCAGGCUGAAGUUGGUGUUCCAGAUAUGAAGAAUAUUCAAGAGAGGAUUCGUCUGAAUAGACAGCCUCCUAUUGCAUUUAAUUAAAUAACUCAUUUUUCUGUGUAAUAAUCAUUUCUUUUUAUAAUAAACAAUUUCUUACAACCA